AUGUCACAAACUCCGAAGAAAAAGAUUUCCAAAAUAGGAAGGCCUCCUAAACGUGAAAGCGUAAAUGAUUACUGUAGGAUUUGCAAGUGCAGAUUUAAAUUGGCGAAAUGUGCAUCUUUAAAGAUUUUUGAAAGAAACGAGCGAGAUGGGUUUAGUCUUAUUAUUCUGGGAGAUAUGUGUGCGAAAAGCGGCAUUGACAUUGUAAAAAACAGUGAUUUUUCGGAUAGAGUUUGCGUUAGUUGUGCACGAAAGAUCAGAGAUUGUUGCUCGUUGUAUAACGAAAUUUGUACCUCGAUUAACAAGCCCUGUGUACAAUUCGUUGAAACCGAAGGCGAAGCUAGAUUUAAACGCCAAAUUCCCACUGACUCAGAACAUAGUCCAACCGUAAGGAAGGUUGUUAAGCACGUAUCUGCGAAAAACAACGAAACAGGCGAAAGCUCUGGAGACCAUAAGAAAGUAAAAAAAUUACUGUUUGUGACGGAGGAAACAAGUGUCGACAAACAUAACAUUGCGUGCGAAUCAACUGUCUCGUCGUUACUUAACAUAGACAUCAAUUUGCUAAAUAACACAACGGAGAAGAAAACAAACGAUGUUAGCGUGAUGAUAAAACAUCCGAAUGGAGAUGUUAUUAUGCGACAUGUGAAAGAUCCGAACGCAAGGUCUAUUGUUCGAAAUAUUGCAUUGUGUAACUGGAAGUCAGCAGCGUUUUCGAUAAUGAAGUGUGAAGGUUUGAUCGAUCAAUUGUUAAACGCACUGAACAAAAAAAUUGCGAAUGAGUUUAAAACUUUUAGCAAGCUUGAUUCCAUCCUAAAAGGUCGUACGCCAGAGGAAUUAGUCGCAUUCUCUAAUAAAUUGCUAUUAGAAGAAGUGAGGGUUCACAUCCCGUUUUGGAAUGCGUGUGUUAAAGGCAGCGUAGGAGUAAGCGUGGAUAAAAAAGCCGAAAAACAAUGUAACGCUAUUGCUUUAGCUACGUCUGUCCUGGCCCGGUGUCGAAAUGCCGAAAUGUCUGCUAUUGCCUACAGGAUUUCCACCAUUUUUUUUCAUAGCGGUGUAAGCUACGAAGAUAUUAUACGCCUGAAUCGUUUGGGAGUAUGCAUGUCGCAUUCUCGCAUGUUGAAUCUUCAAAGACCAGUGGCGCCGGCAGGAUUUAUUUUUGCGGGGGCAAAUCAUUCGAGUGCCAAAGGCACGAGCCUACUAGGGGGGUUCGGGGGUAUGGCCCCCCGAGAAAAUUUUGAAUUUUGGGUGUCUAAAACCGCAUUUCCUGCGUUUUGGAGGCACUUUAAGAGAAACAUAAAGGUUUUAAUAAAUCACUUUUUUAGUAGAUCGGAACAUAAUUGAUUUCCAUACAAUAUAUGAAUCAAAUGUAUUUUUAAUAAAACCAAGAAUGAAAUGAAGAAUUUAAUGUUAUAAUACAUAUUUAGUACAAGUUCCAUCUUCGGGGAGUUGCGUCGGUAAAUCUUUCAACGAGUCCUUCGAUGUCGAGGCCCCGACAAAUGUCAGAUUCCACGGACAUGAGCAUCAGCGAUUCUAGUCGAUCUUGCCUCAUCGUCGACCUCAGGCAAUUUUUUAUUAUUUUCAGCUUGGAAAAUGAUCUCUCAGCAGAUGCUGAUGUCAAAGGGAGAGUAAGGGCAAUCUUAAUAAUUUUUGACAAAUUGGGGAAGCAUUCGGGUUCUUGAAGAAGUUCGCGGUAUAAAUCAACCAAAGACGGCUUUCGUUCUUUCGUUUCCUUGGCCAUUACACGCAACCGUGCACUUGACAACCAAAUAUUUACACACCGCACCCCCCCCCCCUACGACAUCGGAUUUGGACAAAUCCAAAAACCCACUCUGGAGAAUAUUGGGGGGGCGGCUGCCCCCCCUCGCCCCCCCCUUGCCGGCGCCACUGUCAAAGACAGAUGGGGAAAUUUUUCGACGCAAAGGUACUAAUAUGGAAAAAUGACGCUGAGAAAAAACUUACAGCUCUACGCUUUCUGGAGGAUCUCAGUUGUAACCAGCUUGCUCGUGAUGAUGAUGACAUGAAUGUAGAUAAAGAGAUUAAUCUCGACGUUGAAUCAGUACAACAGUACAAGUACUUCAGUACGGAUGCGCACGAACGUUGCGUUGAGAUAAUGGAUGAAACGAAGCGACAGUUAGGAGAGUCUCUUAAUACAGAUGAUGUCCUUUUCUCAGCCAUUCAAAAUUUAAAGGGAUAUGACAUACCUUAUUACAAAUAA